AGCUUGUUGUUGCCCUUUCCUUCAUGCGUGCUUAGGGCUUCAUUCAUCUAGGUGCGGCGAGGGAGUAUAUGUGACCCUCUUCGCAGACCUCACUAGAGCUUCGUUUUUGUUGAUGAAAGCUUAUGAUGGUAUUCUUCUUCCUCCGUCGUCACAACGCAACUACCUCUCUCUAUGCCCACACCUCCACCGCCGCCAUUCCAACUUUUGACGCCGCCGCCAACUACGGCCUCGGCGUCCGCGUCAUCGCUCUCGAGGUCGCCGACGCGGAAGCCGCCGCCUUCAGCGCCAGCGUCGAGCACGGCGCCGAGCUGGCUUCUCCGCCGGUGCUCCUCGACGGCCGCACCGGCUUCGCAAAGGUUCGCCUCUACGGCGACGUGGUCCUGCGCUUCGUCAGCUACAAGGACGCGUCGGACGCCGCGGACUCCAGCCCCUCGCGGUGGUUCCUGCCGAGAUUCGAGGCGGCGGCGUCGUUCCCGGAGCCGGACUACGGGAUCCGGCGGCUGGACCACGCCGUGGGGAACAUGGCGGAGCUGGCGCCGGUGGUGAGGUACCUGAAAGGAUUCAGCGGAUUUCAUGAGUUCGCGGAGUUCACCGCGGAGGACGUGGGAACGAGUGAGAGCGGGUUGAACUCGGUGGUUCUGGCGAACAACUCGGAAACGGUGCUGCUGCCGCUGAACGAGCCGGUUUAUGGAACGAAGCGGAAGAGCCAGAUUGAGACGUAUCUGGAACACAACGAAGGUCCGGGCGUUCAGCAUCUUGCGCUUGUUUCUGAAGACAUUUUCGGUACUCUUAGGGAGAUGAGGAAGCGAAGUUUGAUUGGUGGGUUUGAGUUCAUGCCUUCUCCUCCUCCCACCUAUUACGCCAACCUUCACAAACGUGUCUCUGAUGUGUUGACCGCCGACCAGAUUAAGGACUGUGAAGAGCUUGGAAUUCUCGUUGACAGAGAUGACCAGGGCACUCUGCUUCAGAUUUUCACCAAGCCUGUUGGGGAUAGGCCCACCAUAUUUAUAGAGAUAAUUCAGAGGAUUGGGUGCAUGGUGGAGGAUGAGGAAGGGAAGGUGUACCAGAAGGGUGCUUGUGGGGGUUUUGGGAAAGGCAACUUUUCUGAGCUUUUCAAAUCAAUUGAAGAAUAUGAGAAGACUUUGGAAGCUAGAAGACCUGCGUGAUCAUCUCCUUCUAUAUAUAGUCUCUGCUUUCACCUUAUCUCGCCUUGUUAAGCACAUUCAUACAACAUUAAUAAUCAAAGUACACACUCAAAGGAAAAUAAUUAUCCCUGUUAGACUAGUUGUGGGAGUUGCUUCAGACCUUCCAACAAAGUUUAGUCGUAUACUUGGCCACCCUUCAUUCACAUGCUUUGUGAGGAAUUGAUGUAACAUAGGGUUUUUAUAAUAGAUAAUGGAAUUAAGAGGAUACUCCUCCCUUGUGUGAAACCAAAUGGAUAUUUUUUUA